CCCAACAUUCUAUAUGAACUUGUGCCAGUGCAAGGUGUACGCUCUAAAAUUCAAGUCCUGUUUUUCUGAAAACUGAAAUAAUAAAUAAAUUUUUCGGGAUAAAGUGUCUCCCAGGUGAGAAACGACGACGAUGGGGGGCUUUGACGGAGGGUUUCUCGAUGACGGCCCGAGCAUCAAACCUGUCGAGCCCGUUUCAACAGCGGCUCUGAUAGGAGCAUGCCUCGGCACGUCGGCCGUCGUUUGCGCCGUGGUGAUGACCUGGUGGCUCUGUCGACGACGCAGAGAGCACACAAAAUUAAAUUCCGACAAGUCCCUGGCAUUUAGACCACCCCAUCGAAAACCCACGGCUGUCAAGAGUCCAGGCAGUACAACUCACUAUCUAAAGAAAAGUCCAAGUCCCACUGGACCGGCGAAAAGUCCUCCCGGCUCCGGUGGUCAAACUCCAAGUCCCCCGGGAUCUCAACAUUCCCAAUCUAAUGGCCAUGGACCACAGUCCCAUUCGCCCCAAGAUUCGAGAUCGCCUAUUCAAACGCCGUCUGGAGAAACGACAAUGGCCAUUGAAAAUGAAAGGGACAAGGCAGAAUUGGAGAAUAGCGAGAAGGUGGACAGGGGUAAUGGAAACUUCUCUGAUAUCGGGAAAGAUGGUCUGGGACAAUUGGUUUUUAAAUUACGCUAUCUCAGCGAACAAAAUGCCCUGGCUGUCACUGUUGUCAUGUGUAAGGGCUUACCAGCCAGGGGUCAGCAUAGUGGUAGCAGUGAUCCUUACGUGAAACUACAACUCCUGCCGGACAAGCAACAUAGGACCAAAACUCGAGUCUUGAGAAAUACCCGAGAUCCAGUUUAUGAAGAGGACUUCACUUUCUUUGGAAUCUCGAAGAGUCAGCUUCAAAAAAUAAGCCUCUACUUUGUUAUCAUGAGCUUUGACAGAUACUCACGAGAUGAUGUAAUUGGCGAAGUAAUUUGCCCCUUGGUUUCGGUGUCCGAUCUGGAGGAGGCGAUGAAUCGACAAAUAUCUUUAUGUCGGGAAAUAUGUCCUCGAAGUUUAAAGAUACAAUCUCAGGGCAGGGGAGAAUUAUUGGUGUCAUUGUGUUGGCAACCAGCGGCAAGUAAAUUGACAGUAGUAGUAUUAAAAGCUCGCAACUUACCGAAAAUGGACGUCACUGGAUUGGCAGAUCCAUAUGUGAAAAUUUAUCUUCUCUACAAUUCGCAACGCAUCGCCAAGAGGAAGACCCAUGUGAAAAAACGCACUCUUGAUCCAAUUUUCAAUGAAUCAUUCGUUUUUGAAAUACCGAAUGGCACCGAGGGACUCAGCAAGACUAGUCUUGAGUUUGCUCUUCUUGAUUGGGACCGUGUCACUAAGAAUGAGGUCAUUGGAAGAUUGGAUGUCGGUGGUCCAAAGUGUCAAGGAUCGGCUCUCAAUCAUUGGAAUGAAGUUUGUACAUCGCCAAAACGCCAAAUUGCUGAUUGGCAUAAGUUGAGGGAAUAGAAAACCAAAAAGGAACAAAAAAUUACAUAAUUACUCUCUAUCAGUUUCGUAUCAAAAAAGAAAAUCGCAUCAGCGCCCAAAACAUUUCUCCAUAUCUAAAAAAAACCCAUGAAAUCGAAGGGAAUUUUAUCUCGUGGGGAGCACAGAUUAAUAAAAAAAAAGGUGUCUUAUUUUAUAAACCUAUACUUAUACUCAUCGUUGUGUAAACCGAUAUUAAGGCUUCAAGAUCUGUGCAGCUUCCGAUUGUAUAAUAGAUAGCAUAAUAUUGAAAACCAAGAUCGACAGGAGAAUAAGAAAAAAAAAUGGAGAAGAACGUCGACUUCCAAGAAAAAAUGCCUAACACUAUGAAAGGUUUCGACGUCACAGAUAUUUCUAAAAGUAAAUAAGAAAUAGCAAAUUCUCUUGAGAGAUUUGAAAGGAUUCACCAUCAUCAGGAAGCAAUCAUAUAUUUAAAAAAAAAUAAAAUUUGUCUCGAAUUUUCAUAAGUUUUUCCAUUUUCGAUGAAAAUUAUUACUGAAAAAAUAAAUUUUUAGAAAAUAUCAUCAGAUUUAUGGAAAAUUUUUUCGGUAUUUAUUUCUAUUAAAAUUAAUAAUUAUUGUUAAUAAUUUUGUUUUCUAAUAUGAAAUUCAUUUUCAAGUAUUUUAUUAAAUUAAAAAAAAUAAUUUUCUUCUCUAAUGGAUUAACUACUAUUGGUGUCUUGUCAAAUAGAAGUUUCAGCAAAAUAACGAAACAUCUUUAAAUUCCACUAGUCAUUGGAAUAAUGUUGUAAGAGAUAUUUAAAACUUUUAUCACUCGCUGUUAAAACAAAGAAAAAUAUAUAGUAAUCAACGCGAUGCAAAAAAAAAAAAAAUUCUAGUCAAUGCGAAUUGAUUAUAAAAUGGAAAAAAAAUAAUUUCCAAAGUGUCACUUCAUUACUAUAUCUCUAUAACCAGCAGAGUAUUACUUUCUCCUUAGUGAGAAUCAAUUCUCUUCCCCUGUUAGUAAAGAUAAAAUUAAGAAGAGACGAAUUUUCAAUUUAAACUUAAGAUACACACAUGUGUUUUACUUGGUAAGUGAUAAUCGUUCAUUUAUAAGACGAUUAUCAAUUAUGGAGAAAUUUUUAAUGGCAAAACAAACUCAAUAUUGUCACUUUUAAAAAAAAAUUUAAUUUCUUGAAAUUAUUUAUUUUACUGCGCUUUUCACGACAAUUUCUUAUUUUCAUCACUGAAGACAAGAUUUCCUUUAAAAUAUAAUUUAUACCUAAUAUUUUUAAAAAAUCUGUUAUAAAUUAAUUUAAAUUAUAGGAAUAAUAUUGUCAGUAUUAUCACCUUCUCAUAAAAUGAAAAACUUCUUUUCUAUUCAUUAUUAUUAUUAAUGUUAAAUAUAACUUUAAAUUAAAGUGAUAAAUAUUGAAGGUAAAUGGGAAAAAAAUUUGUCCUCCAAGUACAAAAUUGGAAAAAUAGCAACUUUUUAAAGGUUGAAACUUUCCAUUCUUGGAUACAUAGACAACCUUUUUCUGUAAAUAUGUAAGUGAUAUUGAAAAUUAUUCAUUUGUUAAUUUAUUUCUUAAUAUAUAUAUUUAUUGACACUGUUUUCUAAUCUCGUAGGGAAUUAAGAGUUUUUAAGUUUUUAAAAUAUUAUUUUUCCCUCUUAAUAUUUUUGUUCUGUAAAUCUUCAAAAAAAAAAAAAAUUGUCGCAUGGAUCAAAAUAUUUAAAAAAUUUUAAAUAAUUUGGAGAACAAUUUUUCUAAUGCAAAUUAAAUAAAAUUUUGGAAUAAUUUUAAGAAGAAUUUUUCGUAUAUUUUUUUCUUCUUUUGUUCGCACACGAAUGUCAAUUUUUAUAGCAACGCAUCUUACGAAAUAAACACUCUUGUGUAUUUUUUAUAUAGACAAGUUUUCGCAAUUUUUUGCAGAAAUAAUAGAUUUAUGUCACAGGGACAAAAUUUUGAUUUUUUUUCUGAUAAUUUCAAUUCUGUAAUUGGAAAACUGGAUAAAUUACAAUUGUACAGAAGCUAAUUAAUUUUAGUACUAUUUUACAAUUUGAAUUUAUUUUUCUAUUAUUAAUAUUAUUAUUAUUAUUAUUUAUUAUGCUUUAAAUGGUAAUUAAUAUAAUAUGGUAAAUAAUUAAUAUAUGAAGAGAAGAAAUAGAUUUUCUAUUGGAGAGGGACGAGUCACUCUAGUCAUUGUAUGGUAUAAGGAAAUAAAAGUACCUUUGAGGGAAACAAAGCUGAAAGUAUAAGUCGAACUUUUAAAUGUAAAUCAUUAAAAAGACUUUAAUGGAUUUUAUCGAAUAACGAUUAAAGAAAACAAAAUACUGAAUUAUAUCAAUAGGCAUAAUUACAAAAAAAAAAAAAAAAUUUAUUGAAGUGCAAAAAAAAUGUAUUGUAAUCAAGAGUGUCGAUUUACCUACUUAAUUAAUUGCUAAUAAUAAAAAAAAUACAAGGUACGACUGUAAGAAGUUAACGAGUAGAAAUAAUUACUUUAGGUAAAAAUUUGUGCUUCGUCUUUUUUGCUUUUACAGAGUUCGAAAUACGUAAAAGGUAAAAGAGAUUUAACGAUGAAAAAUUCAGCAAAAUAACUAAACAGAAAAUCUUACUCUGCAAAAUCACAAGAAUAAUUCAGCUGUAUCACUCAAUGAUUUUUGAACUGGAAUUUUCAGGAAGCAUCAAACCAUAAAUAGAAUAUUUCAUUAUUGUACCUAUUAGUGAUGAAUAUUUGUCAAAAUUAUAAAAGAAUCAUUUGUUUAUAUUUAUUUUAAUCAAGAAAUAAUUAAAAAAAUUCCGAAUUCGAUAGUUUUUUAUAUAAAAAAAUCCAGAAAUUCUAAAACAUACUUUCAUCGUAAUGAUUUGUUGAAUUUCUUCCUAAAAUUCUACAAUACACAAGAAUCAAUACGAACUGUAAACUGUGUGAACAGAUUUUAAGGCUGUGCGGUCAAUAAAGAAUUUAAAAAUA